CUCAAAAUGCGUCUGCUUUGGUUGCUCGCCACGCUGGUGGCUCUAACAAGUGCUGCGAUCCUUAAGGACGCGGCCAAAGAGCGUUAUGAUAACUUCAGGGUAUACAAGCUCACUAUACAGAACCAAAUUCAAUUGGCUGCGAUCGAGAAAAUCGGCGAGCUGACGAAGAAGUACAACAUUUGGAAGGAGUAUGACGAGCGUAGUAAGCAGGUUGAUAUUAUGGUUAGUCCUGGUCAACUAAACCACUUCCAGGAGCUGCUCAAAUUCAAUAACAUCAGCAGCGAGCUUAUGAUCGAGAAUGUCCAAGAGCGUAUCGACGAGGAACAAGUCACGCCAACUGCAGAUAGCGCCACCUUUGGCUGGACGAAGUACUAUGAGCUAGAAGAGAUUGAGGCCUGGCUGGACGAGAUUCUGAAGGCAUAUCCCUCGGUGACCGAAGAGUUCAUCGUUGGUACCUCCUACGAGGGGCGAACCAUUCGAGGCAUCAAGAUCUCGCACAAGACUGGCAAUCCUGGCAUUUUCAUCGAGUCCAACAUCCAUGCCAGAGAGUGGAUAACCUCGGCCAGUGCCACAUGGUUCAUCAAUCAGCUGUUGACCUCAGAGGAUGCCGAUGUGCGGAAUCUGGCCGAUAACUACGAUUGGCACAUAAUACCCGUAUUCAAUGUGGAUGGUUUUGAGUACUCACACAGAAAGGAUCGUAUGUGGCGCAAGACACGUCAGCCACAUGCCACGAAUGCCUGCAUUGGAGCUGAUGCCAAUCGGAACUUUGACUCCCAUUGGCUGGAGAACAAUGGAGCCUCUAAUAAUCCCUGCAGUGAGACUUUUGCUGGGGAUACCCCUGGAUCUGAGCCUGAGGCCAAGGCCUUGACCGAGUAUCUGACCAAAAUCCAGGACGAAAUUAGUGUGUACAUAUCCUUCCACUCAUAUGGACAGUACCUGCUCUCGCCCUACGGACACACCAAGGAGGAGUUCCCAGAAAACUACAAUGAUAUCCUAACCAUUGGCAAGGCCUUUGCCGAUGCCAUUGAAGCCCUGCCUUACGGAACUGUCUACCAGUAUGGAUCCACAGCUGAUGUGCUUUAUGUGGCCACUGGCACCUCCGUGGACUGGGUGUUCAACGAGCUGGGCAAGAAGAUCGGCUACACAAUCGAGUACCGUGAUAAGGGACGAUACGGCUUUAUCCUGCCACCAGUGCAGAUCCUACCCAACUGUGAGGAGCUAAUGGUUGGAAUGCUGGCUUUGAUUGAGAAGACCAAGGAGUUGGGUUACUUGUAAAGGCACGAUUUAUUUGUACCGCAUAAAUGACUUAUUCGUGUUCAUUAAAAUACCUCACAUAUGAGGCCAGCAAAU